AAUCAAUAGCCAUGUGGCUGCUUGGCUGCGCCUGUUUGUAAUUAUUGAUGACGCUAUACACAGACAUUAAAGGAAAGCUGUACUGAGCCGAGAGAUGGCUGCCAGUGUUUAUUGGAAUUUGAAAAUAAUCGUAACACCGAUAGACAGCAAAACUGAUAAUGUUAUUCAACUUUGAUUUUUGUUCAGUUUUGCAGUAGUUGACAUUGUUGAUGUUUUUUAAUUCAUAUGAAUGUUGUGUUCUUUUCUUUAUUGUGUUGCAUUAUUCACUGAAGAGGUAUGACAUUGAAGGAAAAUAGUCUCAUAAUAGGACAUGGAGUUGUAUCUCGGCUUGUAUUGUUCAUACAAAAAAGGAUUUAAGUGAAAUGGUGUCUGAGUAAUCUUCAGUGUUCUGUUUGGAUGUGGCAUAACAAUAAUUGAUGUGAAGACAACUUAAGGUUACAUAUGGUAUUAUCAUAGGAGUAUUGACUGGUGAAGAAAGUGACCAAUAUUAUUUCAAAUUACCAAAAAUGGUAAAGAUAUAACAUGUAAGAAAACAGGUUUUUUUUUAAAAAAAAGGAAUAAGUUCUGAUAUUUAUUCUAUAUAUGGAUUAUAUCAACUGAAUAUUUUAAAAUGUGACAAUCAGCAAUGUGCACAAGUGGAAGUCGGCCCCACAGAGUUAGAGGUCAGAGAUAUAGCGGUUUAGAAGCUUGCAAAAUUGAGAAGGAGAUUGAAAACUUUGUUGAGAAUUUCAAAAAGAAAGGCUCCGCACUUGAUCAGCCUCUAUCAUUAGAACGACCACCAAGUUUAGAAUCGUGCAGUUCCUCUUUAUCUAAGUCAUCAAGGCCAUCCAGUUCACUCUACUCGUCAGACUAUACUGACGAGAGUCCGGAGAAAACUGGUUACUUGAUGCCAGAAAUAGUCCGGAGAUAUCGCUACAGCACAACAACCACAAGCGAUUCCGAUGCAGGGGAGGAAGAUUUUAGAAGACUUUUGUUAGCAUACAAGGACAGUAAAAAACAUACUGGGGGUCAUGCUUCCCAUACAAGUACACAUACGUCAGGUCGGAGGUCAAAUGUAGAUUCGGUCACAAGCUCAAACACCGAAGGCCCUGACGGAUAUGGAGGAGAUGGUAUGGGUAUGGAGACAUGUCCAUACAGUGUGCUGGAUGUAGCACAGCUGCUCCAGACCAAUUUUGCUUUUAUAUCAGGAGCCAAGGCAAAGAAUGGGGCACCAAUAAUGACAUUUCCAGAUCGACCAAAUCUACCGGAACCCAACGAAGAUGAGUACCGGAAAAUUGUCACUUACCUCUGUAGUAUACCUCCGCUACAUGAGACACAGAUGGGAUACGUGUUGUUGGUAGAUCGCAGACAGAGUGGCUGGGGUUCUGUCAAGACAAUUCUCAUGAGAUUCUCAAGUUUCUUCCCCGGUCAUAUACAGGUGGUAUUCCUGCUACAGCCACACGGCUUCUUCCAGCGAGCUUUCUCGGAAUAUAGGUCAAAGUUCAAAGAGGAACUCGAAUAUAAGGUAGUUUCCUUGGACACUCCAGAAUCAAUGUUUGAUUACAUUGCACCUGAAUAUGUAACACCUGAUAUGGGAGGUCAGCUAGAAUUUGAUGCUAUUGAGUGGACACAACACAGAUCUGCUGUAGAGAAGUUCAGUAGCAAUACUGAGAAAAUAGCCCUGUCUCUAACAACUUUGAUAAAGAAAAUGGAGAAUGCAUGUACACCAAAUGAUGUAGCGGGGACUGAAAAACAAAUCAGCGAGCAUUCUUCACAGAGAAGAGAGCUUCUAGAAGACCUAGAGUCAUCAAGCUUCCAUGGACAGACUUUAUUGAGCUGUAUCAAGGGAGAUAAUGAGAGAACUCCUCUUGUACAGUUGUCACAUGUUCUUGAUGUUGAGAGAUUGAUUGUACAGUUAGAAGAAACAAAGAAGAAGUUUGACGAGUAUUGGGACAAGCAUUAUUCAAAACUGCAGCAGUCCUUACAGCUGAGGAAAUUUGAAGAGAAUUUCAAACUGUUCCAAAUUAUCUGUGAUAAGAAUAUGGACUGGUUAGAGAAGAAAAUGAAAGAGAUAGGGGAUAGUGUUAAACAGGUGGAGGAGCUUAUUCAAGAGUUUGAUGAGUUUGAGACCAAAGCUAAGCAAGAGAUAGAGCAAGGGGAUAAGAUGCGAGCAGACGGUGACCAAUACAUCAUGGACGACCAUUAUGCUGUUGAUAGUAUAAGACCAAAGUGUAUAGAGUUACAGAGAAUGUGCGAACAAUAUCGACAGCUUCUGAGAAGACGGCGAGAAAUAUUAAACAAGUCACAUGAGCUGCAAGAGAGAAUUGAAAAGGCGAGUAAGUGGUGUUCUAGCGGUAUGGAUAUGCUGACAAGUCAGAUGGAGGGAUGUAACACCCCUGAGAGUAUCCGUAAAGCAAUCGAUGAUAUAGAUAAAUUUGUUGCUACUUCCAAAGAUCUAAAACUGAACAAUCCUAAAGAGUUCAGACAACUCUUUGACAGUGUGAUCACUUCAGAUACACGGGCAACUGUUCAAAAAACAUUAAAAAAGAUUGAGGAUGUUCAGACAAUGUGUAGUAAGAGGAAAGCUGACCUGCAGUCCCAGGCUCGAGCCCAGCCAGUGCAUCACCCUGCUCAGCCUGACCUGGUCACGGCAUCUUCAAGAGGUCAGACAACAGUACCAGAGUAUGACCUGCGUAAGAAGCAGGGUGGUCACAGGGACAGGCAUCGGAAGGAUAGUAAAGAUACAACCAAGAAGACAGCUCCAGCCCCCUCUGUAGAAAAAUCUGCAAGGAUACGGGUAGAUAUAGGGCCACCCCAGCCUCACCUUCAGCCCCGCUCCACACAUUAUGGAUCAACAAGCACCUGCAGCAGUAUGUCAACCGCAGACAGUAUGGACGGGGCGCGUAACUCUCUCGCCUCCACAUCCACUACCUCUGGAUCAAGUUGUGUCUCGGAACAAAUGCUUGAAAGUUUACAGGAAAAAAGACAACAUGUGUUAAAUGAGUUGAUAGAGACAGAGAAGACCUAUGUACAGCAGCUGCAUGAUAUACUUAGGGGGUAUUACUGCGAGAUGGAUAACCGAACUAUGCAACAUUUAAUACCAGAAGAGCUAAGCUCUAAAAAAGAUAUCUUGUUUGCAAACCUUGAUCAAAUAUACAAAUUUCACCAUGAUGUGUUCCUCAAAGACUUACAAAGUUGUGCAGACUGUCCUACAAAACUAGGAAAAUGUUUUGUCAGUAGGAAAGAUGAGUUUCAAAUGUACAGUAUAUAUUGUCAAAACAAGCCACGAUCUGAAGAAUUAAGGACCCGGAUAGGGGACAGCAAUCCUUUCUUCAAGGAGUGCCAGAGGAAACUAGGCCACAAACUGCCACUAGGAGCUUUUUUACUUAAACCUGUACAGAGGAUCACCAAAUACCAACUUUUGUUAAAGGAGAUGUUAAAGUAUACAAAAGAUGAUAAGGUGUGUCAGCAACAACUAGAAGAAUCGUUGAACACAAUGCUAGAAGUUGUCAGAAUUGUUAACAACAGCAUGUAUGAAGUCUCCAUCGUUGGGUUUCCUGGCAACCUAGCAGACCUAGGCAAGCUGUUGAUGCAGGGCAGCUUCAACUGUAGCACAGAGCACAAACAUGAGAAAAUACGCGAUAUACGCUUUAAACCAAUGCAUAGACAUAUAUUCUUGUACGAGAAGGCUAUACUUAUGUGUAAAAGAAAAGAAGAUGCUCAAAAUGGGGAUAGAGAUGUGUAUAGCUUCAAAAAUAUGCUCAGAGUAAGUAUAGUGUCUUAAAAUCCAUGUAGAGUA